AUGUCAUCUGCGACUAUGGAAAUCUGCGAGCGGGGUGAAUUAAUGGAUGAGAGUUUUUCUUUCCAUCACAUGGAAUACAUUCUCAAACAAAACUCGGGAGAGUACUUCUACGCCAAACUCAACAGACGCAUGCCCCUCGAUGCCGCAAUAGACGUGGACACACUGGAUCCCAUCCGGAUUCCUACCGAACAUAUUUGCCCGCAGUUUGCCCCUGGGCUCACUCGCGCCCCAGAGCCACUUCCGAAAGGUUGCUAUGUGAAGCGGGCGAGUCUCCUGGGUUACGGGACCAACGUAAGCGGGGACGACAUUUCUAGGACGGUCUUGGGAGAGGCCAGAAUUUGCGAAACUCUACGCAAGAAUCCGCAUCCAAACAUUGCCAAGUAUCAUGGAUGUAUAGAGGUUGAUGGCAGGAUUCACGGUCUUUGCUUAGACCGAUACGUCAUGACUCUACAAGAUCGGGUAGAAACUGGGACACAGUUUGAUGCAGACAUCUGCUUUCAACGUAUCAAGGACGGUAUCCGCCACCUACACAACCUCGGACUCAUUCACAACGACAUCAAUCCACGAAAUAUCAUGAUAGAUGCAGAUGACAAUCCCGUCAUCAUCGAUUUUGACUCAUGCAAAUGUGAGGGAGAAGAACUUGUUAAGGGCGGAACGAUAGACUGGGAGAUCGAGAAUGCACGAUAUGCUACCCGCGAGAACGAUUUCUUUAGCCUCUCUAAGCUACAAGAGUAUUUGUUUGCCAGUGUGUCCGGUUUUGGGGUAGCGGCUGCAUGA